AUGGGCUCUACAAAGGAACAAUGUUUAGGUGAGGAUGCUUAUCUAAACACAAGUAUUUUCGAACGUCUCUCGCUACGGGGUCACGUCGUGGUUAUCACCGGAGGAGCUCGAGGAAUCGGCCUCGCAAUGGCCUUCGCGGUUGCUGAGGCGGGAGCUCGAGUGGCAUUGGUAGAUGCUUCCCCAAACCCCCAUGAGCACUUUGCCGUUUUGCAAGAGAAGUGCGAAGAAGUCAGAUUUUAUCAGUCAGUUUACCCGAAUAUUGUUCCAUCUUUUAGGCUUUUGUAUUCAUCAGGGCUGACUUUCUUCCCGUGGCGUGAAAGGUCCGACGUGACGGACUAUGUCAAGCUGAAGUCAACCUUCCAGAUGAUAGCGAAGGAUUUUGGCCGACUCGAUGGAUUGAUCACGGCCGCUGGGAUCUGCCCCGACCAGCGCUUCCUUGAGAGAGACCCCGAGGGAGUCAAGAAAUGUCUUGAGGUGAAUUCUCUUGGGACCUACUACUCGGCUCAAUUGGCUGUUGAGCAGAUGGUAAAGCAAUCUUGCGUUGAAGGCGGAUCCACCCAAACGCAAGGAUCAAUCGUCAUGAUUGCAUCGAUAGCGGCCCAUCAGGCAAGCAAGGAUCAAUUCACCAGCGAUUAUUGCAUGAGUAAAGGAGCCGUUGUCUCGCUCACCAAACAGCUUGGUGUCGAGCUGGCGCAAGACCAUGUGCGCGUCAAUUGCAUAUCCCCGGGCUAUGUACGGACGAGUCUUACAGAUCAGCUUUUGAAAGCACGGCCGGCUUUACGCACCCCAUUCACAGAGCAGCCACCGAUGAAGAGAAUGGGAAAUUGUACAGAUCUUAUGACCGCUGCAGUUUUCCUGCUGAGCGAAGCAAGCGCCUAUAUGACAGGUUCCGAGAUGAUGAUAACUGGCGGUAUGCACGCAGGCCGUAUCGUCUAG